GACAGUGACAGCUGACAGCACGAAAGAGUUUUGCUUGUGGUCAACAGCUGAUUUAAAAUUUCCUUUCAUUGUUGACUUGGAAUUUUCGCAGUUUUCUCUACAUUAUCUUUCAUAGAACAGCUGGUAGGUGCUAUUUCCAGUGAUAUCUCCUAUUUCAGAUUGUGGUUUCUUUGCUGGUUGCAAAUUUUCCUUAAAUUACGAGCGUAUAUUUGCUGUUAUGAAUACUAGACAAUAGCCGAGAAAUACGUGAUAGUGUGUUAAAUUUACUGGCUACAGCAGGGAUAUUACGUUUAUUAUUCAUAUCUAUUCGCUGUUUGAAAGAUGGGCAGGAUAUUCCUAGAACACAUGGGUGGCUCACGCCUGUUUUCGUGUGCCAGAUGUGACACCAACCUCACAAAUCGCAAUGAACUCAUCAGCACAAGGUUCACAGGUGCUACUGGCAGAGCCUUUUUAUUCAACAGAGUCGUUAAUUUGACCUACAGUGAGGUUCAAGAUCGUGUUAUGCUCACUGGACGUCAUAUGGUAGUGCGUGACGUUUCUUGCAAAAGUUGCGACUGCAAACUCGGUUGGAUGUACGAGUUUGCCACCGAGGAUAACCAGAAAUACAAAGAGGGCAGAGUGAUCUUGGAGAGAGCACUGGUGACUGAAAGCGAUGGCAUGGAAGACAGAACGUACAACGAAAGGAGAGGAGUGGGGGAAAAUAAUGAAGGGGGAGACAAUCGGGUGAACUUGAGCCGGAGAGGCUUAGGACAAUUACUCGUUCACAGGCCUGUGCGGAAUUGACAAUUAUGGUAUUAACCUCAUGACUAAGUAUAGAUGUGCGUUUCUAUUUAUCGACAGGUUUAUAUAAAAGUACAAACAUGAAUGAUCUGUUGUUUCACUAACCGACAUAUUAAAAUGUCUUCAACUUGUAUGAUAAAAAUGUUUGUACAAUGUUUAAACCUCAGUUGAUUAAGGUGUAAUAACUUAUAUGUAAAACUAUAUACCAAAAUUACAGGGUAAGGAAUGUAACAUGUUUAACCAUGCAUUUUUCUAGCUUUUUCCUGGGAUUUUUUAAAAUUUUGUUACAGUAAAUGUAUUUUUAUUAUAGAAAAUACCAUUUUCAAAGGUAGGAAACAUGUAAUCAAAAUUGGUAUAUUUUGAUGAAAUUGCAAACAAAUAUGUAAUGACUGUAUAUUAUCAUUUAAUAUAAUAAAGGAUUUUUUUGUACCAUGUACCUAAACGAUUAAACCUGCAUAACCUGGUUAACCUAGUUUAUAAGCAAACCGCAUUUAAUAAACCAAAAUUGGCACACUCCCAGAGCAAUAACGAAGUUAUAUGAGCAAAAUCCUAUUGAUACGUCGCCGUCAUCCUCGAUGUUUCUUUCCAUCAUAGCUGCACAUAUUUGUUUAUAUCGUGCAAAAGUCGUCUGGUUGAACAGUUGAGGGCCUAGACCGGCCAAAACGUUGCAAAUUUAGGAAGUAGAGAGUCUGUCGACGAGACGACACGCCUAUAUUUCUUACAGUGUUUGUAGUAUUUUUCAAGAGUUUUUGUGGCUGAAAUUGCUAGUUCUUUCUGAGGAUUGUGCCAUUGGAUCAUAUUGGAAGAGGUUGGUAAGGAAACUACGGC